GGAAGAACACCAGACUUGAUACCUGCCCUGGGCCCAACAUCAAUCACAGAUAACUGCAACAAAACAGAUUUAGGCAACAUGAAGGACUGGCGCUGGUUACCUCUACAAAGAGUGAUCUACCCUUCGGUGGAUUACCCUUCUGUUAAGAUGUCCCAGUCAACCACUGCUGACGAGGGAAGCUCGUUUGAGCACCUGUGGAGCAGCUUGGAACCAGACAGCACCUACUUUGAACUCCCCCCUGGUAGUCACCCAGGGGACCGCUCGGCCCCCUCCACCAGUGUGCCCAACAACCGCUCGGAGGUCUGCAUGGACGUCUACCAUAUGAGGGACAUGAACGACAAUGUCAUGUCCCAGUACAACCUGCUGAGCAGCAGCAUGGAGGCCAGUCUGGGGAGCCGCGCGGCGUCCACCAGUCCCUACAGCUCAGAGAACACCUCAGCUGUGCCCACUCCCUCGCCCUACUCGCAGCCCAACUCCACCUUCGACGGCAUGUCACCGGCGCCCGCCAUCCCCUCCAACACCGACUAUCCGGGGCCUCACACCUUCGAGGUGACCUUUCAGCAGUCCAGCACCGCUAAGUCGGCCACCUGGACGUACUCUCCACUGUUGAAGAAGCUCUACUGUCAGAUUGCCAAGACCUGUCCAAUCCAGGUCAAGCUGUCUUCCACACCACCGCAUGGCAGUGUUAUCCGGGCCAUGCCUGUCUACAAGAAAGCAGAGCAUGUCACCGAGGUGGUCAAACGCUGCCCCAAUCAUGAACUAGGACGUGACUUCAAUGAUGGCCAGGUUGCCCCAGCCAGCCACCUGAUAAGGGUAGAGGGGAACAACCUAUCCCAGUAUGUGGAUGAUGCAAUCACAGGCAGGCAGAGUGUCAUGGUUCCCUAUGAGUCCCCACAGGUGGGGACUGAGUUUACCACCAUCCUGUACAACUUCAUGUGCAACAGCAGUUGUGUUGGCGGAAUGAACAGAAGACCCAUCCUCAUUAUCAUCACCUUGGAAACAAGAGAUGGUCAGGUCCUGGGACGAAGGUCGUUUGAAGGUCGAAUAUGUGCUUGUCCAGGACGAGACCGCAAAGCGGACGAGGACCAUUUCAGAGAGCAGCAAGCCCUGAACGAGAAUGUAGCAAAGAACGGAAACAACAACAAGCGCAAUUUCAAACAGGCCGCUCCAAACAUUCCUAAUCCAAACAUCAACAUGAAAAAGAGGCGGCAUGGAGAAGAGGAGGUUUAUUAUAUUCCUGUUCGUGGCAGAGAGAACUUUGAUCUCCUAAUGAAGAUCAAGGACAGUCUAGAGCUAGUGGAGCUCGUACCACAACAGCUUGUGGAUUCCUACAGACAACAGCAGCAGCAGAUGCUCCAAAGACAGAGCCAUGUAGCAUCUCCCUCCUCCUAUGGCUCUCCUCUGUCCAACAUGAACAAGCUGCAUGUCCAUGGAGGCAUCAGCAAACUGCCCUCUGUCAACCAACUAGUGGGACACCAGUCUCAGCAGAGUUCUGUACCCUCCCCCAACAUGACCCAUAUGGGUCCCAACAUGCUCAACAGUCACCACAUGCAGACCAACGGUGAUAUGAAUGGCGGACACAGCGGCCAAUCCAUGGUGUCUACAUCGCACUGCACCCCUCCCCCUCCGUAUAACCCUGACCCCAGCCUUGUCAGUUUUCUAACCAGUCUGGGUUGCCAGAAUUGCAUUGAUUACUUCACCUCCCAAGGCCUCCAGAGUAUCUACCACCUUCAAACUCUGUCCAUUGAGGACCUGGGUGCUCUGAAGAUCCCUGAGCAGUUCCGUCUGGCCAUCUGGCGAGGCCUGCAAGAAAUGAAACAAGGUGGUCCCCCCCAUCACCACGACUAUCACGGCCAGCAGCUCAUUCGCUCAAGCAGCAACAUGUCCGCAGCUGCUACUGCCAUGGCGAUCGGCAGCGGUGGCGAACUCCAGCGACAACGCGUCAUGGAGGCUGUGCACUUUCGUGUGCGGCACACCAUCACCAUUCCCAACCGGCCCGGCACCGGCCCCCCUGCAGUGGCAGCCGCUGAUGAGUGGCCCGACUUCGGCUUCGACAUGCCCGACUGUAAAGUAUCACGAAAGCACUCCAUCAAAGAGGAGUUCAUGGAGAGAGAUCUCCACUGAGAGAAAUCCAGUGAAUGAGAAAUUCAUGGACAAAAUAGUUGGGCAUGAGUUUGAAAUGUUAAUACUUUGCUGUGGCUGAGGUAUUUUUAUUUCCCAUUUUUAUGGAGGGACAUAGUUGUACAUUUAUGCAGUUCUCUGGAUGUGUCUAUUGUACUUGAACUAUCAAGCAGUGAUGUUCCAAGAUGUUACAUGUAUCCAAUAAAUUUGUGAACAAAGGGACACUAAAUUGUGACAUAAUGACAUUGCAUUGGGAAAGAUUUUUUAUAAUCACAAUCCUGGAAACUUUUUUGAUGCAAUGAAACUGUUGAAAAGUAGUUAAAAUCAACAAAGAUUAUGGGCUACUAUGGAAAAUAUGUAUUUACCCCAUUUCCAAAGUAGGUCAGCAAGGAGUGUAAAUUAUUUUGGUGAAAUCAUCAAUAAGCAGAUGCUUAUGGCCAUACUUGGGUGGAUACAAAAAUAUAGCUACCACUAUGUGACCGUGUGCCCAAUUAGAUCUUAGUUUACUUAUUUAUUGUUUUCACUGUUGUAAUUGUAAAUAUAUGUACAUUCUGUAAAAUCUACAUUACAUUUGUGGUCAAGCUGAAACCACUUAUAUUGUGUUUUUAGAUUGUUAUGGCGUCAUUAUCUGAUGACACCAUAAAAUUGAGCUAUAGAUAUAAAACUGAAAACAAGCAAGUAACAUGGUACCAGUAUAUAACAUAUGUUUGGUUAGAGCACUUACAUAAAGUCUCUGUGCCUAGUUAUCUUUUCAACACAAAAUAAUUGUGUGGAACUAAUCUCCCUAGUGUAUUAAAAGUCUCAUUGGAUAAAAUGCCACCUGAAUUGUAUACAUAUUGUAGGUACAUUUACGUCCCAUGUAAUUUUUUAUUAAAUUGUUUGCGGAAGUUGUGCGAUAACCCAAAAAACAGUAUUACAGAUACAAAAGAUUGGACCGUUGGACUCUGAUCCUACAAGAUGUUAAGAUAUUAGUCCCUGUCCCUGUAUAGUCCCUGUAUAGAAUUGCUUUUUUGACCCAAUGUUAACCUUGUAAUUUCAAAAGAGGUACAUUUUGUGUUGAGUAGUAAGGAUUAAUCAAGAGAACAUGAGAAAGACAGUCAGACAAAACUCAGAAAUAGAUCAAUAAUAUGUUUUAUGUUAUGGAUUGUGUUACAUGACAUCCAUUAGGAACAGUUAUAAUAACAAAGUACUUUUAAAUUGAACCCAGUUUAUUUUUUACUGGUUUUGACAAUGCCCUUUUAGAAAUUUGGGGAAUCAAAUAAUCCCAGAAUUUACUUUCUAACCCAUGAAAAUGAUAGCCUUAUCUCUUUGUUUUAUUUUAUUAUGAGUCUUGCAGGUCAAGCUCUUCCUUUUGAUUACAGUUUGUUUUGUUCACAGCCAUAUGUGUAUCCUACAAAUCCUGUAUUUCCUUGCACUUGUCUUUGUUAAUUGAUUCAAUGGUGUUUUUGACAUAGAAUUGGAACAUUGCUUAUCUCUGUGUUCAACUGUUCCUAAAUGGUAGUUAGAGGAGCUUUGGCUCUGAGAUGUGCAGACAACCUAAAUGUGACUUUUAAAUGAAUAUUGGACAGUACAUACUGCUCCACAUAGCUCAGUUUAAUAGUUGUAUCUCAAUUGUAACACCAUGUGAGAUGAGGCACUCCUAUUCAGCUCGAAAGCAAAUUUAAAAAUGAUGUAAUUUUAUCUGUAGAAUUUUUUUUUGCUUGGCUACUUGAUACAUUUGUAAAUAAUCCACUUAGACAGCACCAAACACAAUAUAAUACACAGCCACAGGGACCGUCUCUUACACAGAACUGGAAAGAAAAUAAAGUGCUUACUGCUUUACAGAGACACAGAAUAAUUUCAAGUUAUAUGUGCUUAUAAUCAGUGUUAUCCCAUAUACAUUUGUAAAUAGUAGUGUGUCAUUUUGUUAGGACAUUUCCUGUUGAUGUUUCUUUUUAAAUACAAGAUGUACUAAUGUUCUAAAGUAAUAGUGUUCAUAUCAGUGUCAUGUUCCUGUUUGAGGUUGUACAUGUAAAGUUUUCUUCUUCUUGUAAAUCAUUAAUAUUAAAAAGUGUUUCUUUACAGAAGUA